ACCAUUAUUUAUAUAUGUAUGGGCUCUGUCCUUUACAAACACAUUUGAUGGCUGUCUUUUUAGGAACUGGCUUACUAACAAAGCAUUCUUGUUGGGAGAUAAACAGUCUCUGAUGUGGAGCUCUUUAUCAGGAUAACAGGGAUGACUGUCUUUAGAUCCAGUGUUUCUACAAUGUAGUAAUAUAGUACCCAUGCUUUACAGAGCUUUUCCUGCCCUUUUUGCAUAAUUAAUUUAUUGCUACUUUGCUUGCAUUAAUUUUUUUUCUUUAUUAGCACAUUUAAAGCCUGUGAUGUUAAACUAUUAUCUUACUGUGACUGAGUCCUAAACUUUGAAGCCCCCCAUUACUAUGGUGUUAGAGAAUCUUCAGGCAUUAAACUUGUGUUCUUCUAACAUCUAUUUUACUGAAACUAUGAAUAUAAGUGGUAAUGGAAACACUGUAUACUGUAGUCUGGUUUAUCUAUCUUCUGUUUAACAAAACUGUUGUCUUACUCUGCUGUUGUUCAGUGGUUCCUACAGUAAUGGCUCUGAUUGAGCUUCCUAUUCUGGUUAACACUUAAAAUGCAUUGCAGAUUUGCUUUUUAAUUAUUUAAGAGGAAGAAUAAUUAAUAAAAAAAAUCAGUUUAUUUUAGUUCCCAAAUUUGUGUAAAUUAUAUCACAUAGUAAUACUUUUCUUUUGUUAUACCUCUAUAAAAAACCAAAGGGCCUGUAGAGGUUUUUGGUUUUAGGAGCACCUCUUCAGCCCCUCGUGUUUUUAAGGCCCUUGUCUCAGCAUCAUUCUAUAUUAAUAAGGGCCAUAGUUUCCCCUUAAAUACACAUAAAUUACAUCACCAUUUCAUUUUUUAUUUUAAUUGCUUUUAUAUCAAAGGCAAGAUUAUGAAGCUGAGAAAAAUACCGCUUUUUUUGUUUUCUGUUGAUUCUUGCUGAUAUUAAUAAGGAUCCGUAAUGAUCUUUCUUUCCUGCCAUGACACCUGAUAAGUUGGUGUUAGUAUUAGGAGAUCUUCACAUUCCACACCGAUGCAACAGCCUUCCAGCUAAAUUCAAAAAACUGCUGGUUCCGGGAAAGAUCCAACACAUUCUCUGCACAGGAAACCUCUGCACCAAGGACACUUAUGACUACCUCAAGACUCUGGCUGGGGAUGUUCAUGUUGUGAGAGGGGACUUUGAUGAGAACCUGAAUUACCCUGAACAGAAAGUUGUAACUGUUGGACAAUUCAAAAUUGGGCUGAUUCAUGGCCAUCAGGUUAUUCCUUGGGGCGAUAUGGCCAGCCUGGCACUGCUACAAAGGCAGUUUGAUGUGGACAUCUUAAUUUCAGGACAUACACACAAAUUUGAGGCAUUUGAACAUGAAAACAAAUUCUAUAUCAAUCCAGGAUCAGCUACAGGAGCUUAUCAUGCCUUAGAGAACAACAUCAUUCCUUCAUUUGUGCUGAUGGAUAUCCAAGCUUCUACAGUAGUUACAUAUGUUUAUCAACUAAUUGGAGAUGAUGUGAAAGUAGAAAGAAUUGAGUACAAAAAAUCUUGAAGUGUCUUUGCUUGUCUGAAAUUCUUACCAUCUCAUUCUGGAACUGCAAGUUACUGCAAUACUUGAUUGCUAGUUUACAGUACUAUACUUAUUUGCUAACAGCUUAACAAUGUAGCUCAUUGGUAUCAACUCCAAACCAACAAUGUGUUUGCUUAUUUUCUUUUGUAUGAUUUGAUUUGUAAAAAUACCCCAUUAAAAUAACUGGUUUAAAUACUUUCCAUAAUCUUGUAAUAAGUUCUCUUCACUUCAUAGAAAAGCUAAGCUUUAUGAACCAUUGUUGAUAAAUGCAAGUUAUACCUGCUUUUAAGGUAUCUAUCAGUACUUUUUCUUGAUAAUGCUCAACAAACAGCCUGAUGUGGAUUUGGUGUUAUAUCUAAAGGAUAAACUUAGCAUAAGCCUCUUGUAACAGGCUUAAACAUAUUAAAGAUUGGGGCUCUGGGAGGCAUGCUUCAGAAUCCAUUUGAUAUUAAAUUUUCUCAUUCCAAAUUAAGUUGAAAGAGUAAAUGGAUUGAUAGAUUCUGAAAAAGAUUAUAAUCAGCUCACAACAGUAGUAAUUUCACUGUAGAAAGUUUAGUCUUUAUAUUCAAAGUGGUUUAAAACAACUUGUAUGCUUUACUGAAUUAUGGUCUAAUUAAAUCUGUAAUCAGUGGAGAGGGGCUUUCCUUUACUUGGCUUAUAUAUCUGUGUAUCUGACCCUGUGUAUAUACACAACUUACAUUAUUUAAAAUGUUUGUACAUGGAAUUCUGUAUGGCACUUGUACUACUACUGAGGACUAAAAAAAUUGGUUGUUCAAGAGGACUGGAACUUUUGGCUCUCCUACUAUCAGCUGGCUGUAGGAAACUGAUUGUAUUUAACAGUUCCCACUUUUCAUGACUGCUAGUUUUCCAAUAAAAACAUUUUAUCUUUU